UAAAAGAGGUGGCGAUACACGCUCGCACGCGUCGCUCGUUCCAGCGCGAAGGAAGGAAAAUCCGCUUCCUUCGACCGGCGAGCUCGGCUCGGCAUUCGCGUGAACGCGAGUCACGCGCGAGCAGCUUGCGCGAGGAAAACCGCGCGUAGCGCGUCUCUCCUCGAGAAGGAAAUCCGAGGUUGAAAGUGCGACGUUUUCGAGAAGAAAGUUGACUGAACGUUCGACGACAAAAACUUGGGGUGUUAAUAUUCAGGUGUUCAUUGUUGGAUCUAUCUGUCAGUGCGCGGGAAGAAAGAUCAUGAAGAGGAGAACAAGAACUCCGAGGAUUCAGGGGCAAUAACGUGGAACUGAUUGAAUUAGGGGAAUGAAUUAGAGGAGAUAGAUGGACCAUUGGUUUGAUUCGAUUUGUCGUUGAUUUAAUUUGACGCCGUUGACUGAUGGACUUCUUAUCGAGAUCGAUGAAUGAGAAACUGAGAAAUUGGAAGCUUAUUGUGGAUCUGACGGAAGAGUAAGUGAAUGUUAAUUGGGGAUUCUAAUUGAGGAAAAUCCAAAUCGAUUUAAUCAAAUGAUAAGUUUAAAGUGGAUUAUGUAGAUCAAUCAAAUAGGAAGGACGUAAAUAUGCGCGACUAAGUUAAUGAAGAAUAAAAAAAUGUAGGGGAAACAUUUAUUUGGGGUUGCAUUAACGUCACAAGUAAACUACGUUUUAUUGUGAAGCACCGGAAGUCUCGGGGAGCAGCAAAUAACAUCGUCGAGUAAUCAAGGCAGCGGUUGAAUAAAUUGGAUCGUACUGGAUAUUACAAGAACGUCGAGAGAGAGAGAGACAGAGAGAAAGAGAGAAAAAAAGAAAGAGAUCGCUCGAGGAAGCUUGCCAUUAAGCUAUGACAAAGAAAAAGUUUUCUUUCUGCGAAGAAGAAAGGGUACGAUAAAUUUGCGGCUGACAUUGUACAUUACCUUCCAUUUCGGAAACGGGGCGCGGAAAUUUAAAAAACGUCAACGCGUAUUUGUGAUAAAUUAUUUUGGAGUUGUCAUUUGUAAGAUAUCGAAGAGAAAAUGAUCGACGCGCAUUUUGUUUCGAAAUUCUUCCCGUCAAAGUAAAUACGUCUAAGAAACUUAGAUUCGUACGCGCGAACUUUUAUAGAGAAAAUAAAACCUGGAGAGGAAAGUUGUUCUACAGAUUCUAACACACAGGCGACUUCAAAUGCGUUUUCUUUUCGUGCGCAACUGCAUGAAAAAUAGGAGUUUUCACUACGCCAAACAAUAAGCAUUUUCGCGUGAAAGUGACAAGAUGAUGACAGCCUUUGGGAAAAAAAGGUCUAUGUGUGAUUUUCGUGGGUGAGACAAAGAGUUGUCUGCGAAACGGAAGUCCAUCUCGCGAAGAAUGCUAAUUAACCCAAUUCCUCGUGGGGUUAACGCAACUUGUAAUGCACAAAACAGCGCACGUUUUAAUUCAUUAUAUUAUCGGUCUGCGUUUCUUUAAUUAAAAUGAUACUGUUUUGUGCAUCAAUCGUAGAAAGAACAUCAACGACUUAAAUUAAUGCACUUUAAUGAGAAAAAGUGUCUUCUGCGUGCAAGAAAUCGGCUAGAAAUAUUAUUUUGAAACGUGUGGUACAAAUUAAUGAGCUUUGUAAUUUUAUAAAGUGCUGGUCAUCCUCAAAUCUCUUCCUCGUGUAAAACAAUAAAUUUGCUAGCGUGAGACAAAAGGGACAUUUAAUUUGAAUCACGUCUUGGGUGGUCUUUACUCAAGUCUGAGUCGUCAUCCGCACAUUUUUUUCUCGUGAUAUCAAUAUAUUUAUAUUUUCCAAAGGGACUCAUUUUAAACCUUAGAUCGUAGACCGAUUAUAGUAAUCGAUGAGCGCGAGAAACCUCUCGAAGAGUGCAUAUUAUCCGAAAAAAACUCGCAUCGAAUUAAAGAGACUCGAAAGCUGUCACUAUCGUUAGCUUUCUUUGGGGGACCAUCUAGAGUGAGAACAAGGGACUCGAAGUGCAUUCGUGAAAGUAUUCGUCAGAGAUGGUCAGCCAACACGCGAUGGCCACUACCGUCCGCAAAGUUAAGCAGGAGAAUCGUCUCAGGCGGCAGAAUCAGAGUCAAGAUGAAGAAGGACCUUACAAGCCAGUGCCACCGCCGAAGCCGGUGUCGCACAAUCAGAAGAACAAUCAGAAUGGUCAGCAGGACGAGCAACGGGAACAGACGGUAGUCGAGCGUUCAUCGUUGCGAACGACUUCCGGUCCGGAAAGGACCAGCGUCGCGGAGAACGGGCAAGUUCGAAGCGCGGCCGGGCAGCCCUUUGCGCCGGAAUACAGAAUGCCACCCUUGUACGGGGAGGAGCAGAGUUCGGGUCAGGCUCAACAGGCGGCCAGUUUACAGACUCACAGCAGCAAGUUUCCGAUAGAACGCGAGUUGGUCCUCUCAUCGGGAGACAAGAAUUCCAAGAUCCCUAUUCUUCACGAGUACAAACAGAGGACCACCGGAAGAGUCGCUAUCGCGCCGGAUGCGCCGAUUAAGCAACAGGCCUGGGUUCAAGAGGGAACUCAAAUGCAGGAAGUGAAACAGGACGGUCAAGCGAGGAAUUAUCAGUCACAGGACACCUACUCAUCGACGUCCGGAGCGGUGCCAAGGACGACGAAGAUCGACGAGGAGAAGACAAAGUCCCUGUCCAGGACCUACCACACAAUCAAGGACAUGAUCUCGAGCCGUUUCGGACCGAGUCGUAAGGACGUCGAGCCGGAGGCGGAAGCCAGCCUGAACAACGUGACGGAGGAGCUGCGAAAGUCGAGCAGGAGCAUCGACGAUGACGAGGCCAGGAAGAAGGAGGGUAUUUACGGGAAGCCUCGCGCGCAGGAGCCCUCGGUUAACGUGCAGCAAUAUACGAAAAAUGCUUACGGCCAGUACGGUCACUCGUACGUCUAUCAAAGCAACCAGCAAAACGUACCUUUGCCAGGCCAGCUACAACCGACCACGACCAUUCAGCCGAAUUUACCGGGCCAGAGCGCUCAGCUCCACGUGACCCAUCACACUCCACCAGGAGGAGUUCAAACGGUUCAUCAAACCCAAGUCUCCGCUUUCGGCCAAACCGCGACAGGUGCGCAGCAGGUGCAGAAUGUUACGAGAGAAUACAUGGUUCAGGCACCAGGCGGCAUGACCGGCCAGCAAAUGCACCAGGGAAUUCAUCAGAGUCCCGCGCAAGGACAGGGGCAAGGCACGCAAAAACUGCACGGUCUAUCCGUGCAGCAGCAUCAAGUGGGUAACGCGAUUCCGCCGACGAGUCAGAGCUUCCAGAGUCCCCAGCAGUUGCUCCAUCAGAAUCAAAAUCAUCACCAGAGUCCGCGAUUCGCGCAGCAACACGCUCAGAACCUGCAUCAGCGUCAGCUGAUCCAGCAGAUGCAUCAGCAACAAAUGGCCGGGCAGCCAAAUUCGCAAACUGCGGGCGCGCGAAACGUGCAGCAGUCCUACUUCGCCAAUAGCGUUUCCUAUCAACAAUAUCAGCAGGCCAGGCAGGCCAUGUCGAGAUCGCAGAUCGAUCUUCCGAGCACGUCCAGACAGGCCCAGGAACUUCGUGUCUCGGGCCAGGAGGUGUACUAUCAUUACGCCCAGGGUAGACCUCGAUACGGCGUUCCCCAGGUGUACAUGAAGGCCGAGAGCACUCAGGAAACGGAGUUCCAGAGGCGGAACUCCGCCAAGGGGAUCGAGAAGGCAGCCUCGCAGCCGCAGCUCUGCUACGAGGACGAACGAAACGCUGAAGCGGCGAAGAACCCCGUGGAGAACAUGAAGAAUCUCGUGGACGCGUUAGACAAGGAGAGAUACGAAAUUACAGUGGAGGAUCGAAGUCAGGAAACGGCAGGAAGAAAUGGAUCACAAAGGAACGAGGAGUAUCGUCCGGAGACUAGCUUCGGUAUUCGGCGAGAUGAAACGCGGACCUCGAAGAAGGAACAAGAGCAAGGCUCGUCGGGAGCUCAAGAGGUAGGGCAAAACACGGUGGAGGGCAACUCCGUGCAAAAGAGGAUCGAGGAGUUGCAGAAAAGAGCGGAGCAGGAGGGUCAUUUUAAUUCCAAACCCGCCGGCGACGCGGAUGGUUUGAGAGUCGGCCUGGCCACAAAAAUGAUCGGUGAAGCGUCGAAGAGGCUCGAGGGCGGGCAAUACGCCGGAAAAGAGACCGUAGUGAAAUCAGAUAGCAGGAAAGACGACCUCGAGCAAGGUAUUGGCCGGCUGAAGAUCCAGAAUCAGGGCUCGGGCUCGGAUUACGACAAGGCCGGUCAGAGUUCCUCGAAUGUCGAUUCCGGAAGAGGCUCCGCAAUUUAUUCAAGCGGCAGACGUCCGCCGCCCGACGAUCAAACUCUGGCACAGGUACAAGACUCCGAAUGGGUCGACAUAGUGGAGUCUGAGUUGAGGAGUAUUUUGGAGCCGAGAGACGUUCCGGCGAUGGCGCACUCUACCUUGUCCGAAAGUGUAUCCUCAGUGACACCACCUCUACCGCCGUUGUCACCCCAUGACAGCCCACGUACGCCGAGAAAUCGAUACUCAACGAGUUUACCGUAUGGAUCGAAACCAAAUUACAGCGAUUAUAGCAAGGCUAUGGAAAAGAGAGGCUUCUCGAGCAACACAAAACAUCGCGGUGCUUCGUCAUCCAAGAAGGAAGCUGCGAAAAAGUUUUCUCAUCUUUUCGGAGUAGAAGCCGCUGAUUUAACAUCCACCACGACAGGACUUGAUUUAGAUUCCAUGUUGGACAGGAGCGACUCUGAUCUCAGUACUACCGACGCAAGAACGAUCAGGAAACAAUUGGAAGGAUUAGAAAAUAUGUACAGCGAAGUACUUAAAUUACUCGGCGGAAGCGUGAAAAAGAGACGGAAGGCGAGAGGACUUACUAGUUAUGGUUCCGUUUCGUCGUUGCCAACAUCGUCCGUGUCAUCCAGACCUGUCACGAGGCAUCACGACAAACGUAGAUCCCACGUGAUUGAUGACAGAAUGAAGAAAGCCAAAGACAUCAAGAGCAUCAACAAGCGUUUUCAGCGACUGGAAUCGCAUGUGGUGACAUUGGCAAGAUCGGUGGCGCACUUGAGUUCAGAGAUGAGGACUCAGCAUCUGAUGAUACAGGAAAUGGAGAGCAUAAAAUGCGAGAUUGCGACUCUCAGAACGCAAACGAGCAUGGCGAUGGUCAGGUCACAGUCACAACCCCUGAUCAAGGAUUCGGAACUGCCGGCACUUUCCAAUCCGUCGAGGGUGAAGAAGCUGACCAAGUUCUUCGGGACGGAGCCUCCUCUUAUCAGAUUAUUUCUGAGGGAACUUGGGUAUGAGAAAUACGCGGCUGCUUUCGAAAAAGAAAAAGUCGGGAUGGUGGAGUUGCCUUAUCUGAGCGAGGACAGGCUGCAGAAAAUGGGAGUUCCCCUGGGUCCAAGGUUGAGAAUCCUUCAAGAAGCGAGGAUUUCGGUGUGCAAAGAUCCGAUUUACGUAGUAUGAAUCUUUCGAAAAGCGCAAACAUUUCACGGCGCAAGGGGAAAGGAGAAAUUAGAGAAAAAAAGAUCUGAAUCUGUAGAGGAGAAUGAAGAACACAGCACGGAAUUCCUUUCCCUUGAUUCCUUUGAUGACGAACGUAUCAAGGCAUUCCUCAAAAGAUGUCCUCGAGCUCGAAAACGCCGAAAGGUUUGUCCUCUCUUUCUUGUACAAUCAUUGAAACGUUCAUUGAAAUACGCAAUUAUUUCUCUCACAAUGUGUUUAACAGAUUCAUUCUGCGGUAAAUUCGCAUCACUGUUAAUUAAUUACAGAAGGAAGAAAUUAAUCCGCGCAUUUAGACAGUUUGUGAAAUAGCAGUUCGAUCAAAAGGCGUUUCUGUUUUAGUUUGAAAAUAUUGAAUAAUAUAUUAAAUA